AUGGUUAACGAGGGUUGUGUACCUGCCAGCGAAUUCCUGGUGAAAACGGCAGAGUUUUUCAAAUUGGCCAACGAGAAGCAUAUAGCAGUCCGUUUGACAGCCAAAAGAUUGAUAAAAGUGGACGAGGUAGACGGGAACGAUGAGUUCAAUGCCACCGAAUUGCCAAAGUUUGACAUAUCGAGAGAAUCCUCUUUAAAAACGGAUCCUGAGGCAAUCACUCAGGAACAAUACAGUUUACUGAUUCGCAUAUCCUUUGGUUCGCAUGCAAAGAAAACCAAGUGUUCAACCGUUGUCAGUGCUGCUGACUUGGACAAAUUUUGGCAGGAGUACUCAUCUGUCGUAAAGACAGGUAUGGUUGGGCUUGUCAAGAAGAAGAAGAAGAGGAAGGGCAAGAACGUUGUGUCCAAGGACAAGAAGAAGAAGGCCAAGAAAUAA